AUGUUCAGGUAUGCUGGGCGCUUAUAUAAUGCUCUUCAGGAACGCCUGAAUACACUGAACUACGCUUCUUCCCUAAUAAAUAAAAACGGCACUAGUCUUGAUAAAGCCCGAAAGGAUUAUGAAUCUCUUCUUACCGAGACUUGCCAAACUUUAUCUACUUAUUCUAAACGAUUAAAAUCAAGUAUCGGAAAAGCCAGACCCUAUCAUGAACUCCAAGCAAAGAAGAAAGCAUUGCUGGCUGAACUCCAAAAGAACUCCAAGGCUUAUAUUGCCGUUUCGACGGAAUAUGAUCAGGCGAAGGGCAUAUUAAAUUUCUAUAACAUCGACGUCGCUAAAUUCGAUUUGAGUGAUGAGUCGCAAUUAGAGAUUGUCAAUAGUGCGAUUCAAAAGGUAAAUUCCACUAAAUUGACGCUGGCUACCCUAAAGUCGAGACAUGCCGAGAUUCUUAAUCAAUGUGCUGUCGUUGACUCUGACAUCAGUCGACAUCGAAGUUCCGCCUCUUUUGCCAUUCGGAAAUCACAAGUUUACUUCGACUUGCAGGCUUCUUUCAACCAAAGAAUGGAGAAUAGCGUAGUAUUCAAAUUUUGGAGCAUUGGUCUCCACGUAUUUCGUUUGUCGAAUGCCUUGAAAAGGUGGCGUCCACGCAGUUACAAUGAUUUUUGCUUAUCUCUCUUCAAGUACACUUUUACAGGACCUAUCAAUAGAAGUGAAUUUAAGCUUUCUGUGCAUUCCUGGGCGCAGAUAUCUCGCAUGUUCAGCAGAGGUAGAGGUGGAACUGUAGGUGAACGCUGUGAUGGAGUUGUCACUGUGAUGGCGCAAUGCAGUCAUGAUUCGCCACGUGCAGCCUUUGUCCCUGUUGAUGGAUUAUCUCAAAUUGAAUUGAGUCUGUCAAAAAUAGACUCAGAGGCGAAGGCAGAGAUAGAUCGACUGACUGCUGAGGUGGAAUCAGCGAAGAAGUUGUAUUCACAGACGAUGAACAGUCUGGAAGCGAUAUCAAAUCGAAUUCAUGAGUCGCGUCGACUAGGUCAUUGGCUCAACUCUCCUCCCACUUCACCGCGCCUCCGUGGUGUGGGUGCCGAUGGCUCCUGUUCCUCUGAAAUGACACCUGCAGAAGCGGGCAUCUCCCUUCCCAGCUCGCCUCGUCGUACCCCCCCAGGACAAGAUGACACUGACACUGAAGCCGUGGAGUUGGAGGGUGCUGAAUCAUCGAAUUUCAUCGGAUUCCAUCCAACUCUUCACAAACUUGAUGACAAUCGUCUUAUCUCUGAACUGACCUCGAACCUGGAGUCGUGUACUCUGACAAUGCGCACGCAAGGCGAACAGACAGACUUACUGCCAGUGGAAGUGAAAUCUGUACAUUCACGCAGUCAGAGUCUAUGA